GCAAUAUAUCAAAUAACUAAAAGUUUUUUCAUCCAUCUUAAUAAGCUUCAAAAGAAUUCAAAUUCAAAACCUUGCAUACAAAAAAACAGAAAUGGCUUUUGUGAGAAGUCUAUUGGGAGCAAAGAAGAUUCUAGGCCGCUCCACCGCAGCAGCCUCGGCGGCACCAAAAGGGUUUCUUGCAGUGUACGUAGGAGAGAGCCAAAAGAAGAGAUAUUUGGUUCCAGUCUCAUACUUGAACCAGCCUUCAUUCCAAGCUCUUCUCAGUAAAUCAGAGGAAGAGUUUGGAUUCGAUCAUCCGAUGGGUGGCUUAACGAUUCCGUGUCCUGAAGAUACAUUCAUCAAUGUGACUUCUCGGCUCCAAUGAUGAUGAUCCAACAUUUUGUUCUUCAUAGUUUAGAAAUAGGCUUAUUUAUUGUAAAAAGCUGAGCAUUUUUGCUCUUUCUUCUUGAAAGAGUUGUUCUAAAAGUUUAGAGAAUGAAUGCCAUUUUUAUUCAA